AUGGUCUCUCCUUACCUCCCCUUCCUAGCGGCAUUACCAAUCACUAAACCUAUUCCCGGCGACUCCCCGAUUGAAAAUUGUGACAUCACAACCCACCAAUCUCUAAAAUUACGCAGUGUUGAUCUAUCGCCAAACCCGCCUGAACGAGGUGCCAACUUGACCAUCACGGCCACCGGCUGGUUGGACGACGACAUUGUUGACGGAGCAUACGUGGACGUUGUUGUCAACUACGGCUAUAUCAGACUUAUCUCCCAAACCUACGAUCUAUGUGAACAGCUUCCAAACGUGGACAUGACAUGUCCAAUCGAGAGAGGCGACUACAAGUUGACCAAGGAGGUUGAAAUCCCAGGCGAGGUCCCUCCUGGUCAGUAUACCGUCUUUGCGAGGGCGUAUAACGCCAAUGAUGAGAUGAUCACCUGUCUAACCGGUUCGGUCAACUUCGAGGCGCUCAUAUAG